UUAAGACUUGCUAUAAGCUGAACAGUUGGCUACAGCUGGAAUCCUAACAGCACCCACAAAGAGCACUUUGCCAUGUCAGACUACUCUUGGUUUGAGGGAAUACCUUUCCCUGGUCUAGGGUUUAAAACAAAAAUAAUUGAAGAAGCUCAUAAGUUUUUGAUCAGAGAUGAAGACACAAUCAUACUGACUUACCCCAAAUCAGGAACUAACUGGCUGAUUGAGAUUGUCUGCUUGAUUGAGAAAAAGGGGAAUCCAGAGUGGGUCAAAUCUGUGCCCAUUUGGGAACGCUCACCCUGGAUAGAAACUGAAAUAGGAUAUAAAAUGCUAAAUGAUAAGGAAGGACCUCAUCUGAUGAGCUCCCACCUUCCCUUCCAUCGUUUCCCCAAGUCUUUCUUCAGUUCCAAGGCCAAGAUGAUAUAUGUCAUCAGAAAUCCCAGAGAUGUUCUUGUGUCUGGUUAUUUUUUCUGGGGUAACUCAAACCUUGUCAAGAAUCCAGAUUCACUGACAACUUAUUUUGAAUGGUUCCUCAAUGGAAAUGUGGCAUAUGGAUCAUGGUUUGAGCACACCCGUGCCUGGCUGUCCAUGCGAGAAAGGGAAAACUUCCUCCUGCUGAAAUAUGAAGACAUGAAAAAGGACCCAAGAAGAACAAUAGAGAAGAUCUGUGACUUCCUAGAAAAGAAAUUAGAGCCAGAUGAGCUGGAUAUGGUCCUCAAGUACAGCUCCUUCCAAGCCAUGAAAGAAAAUAACAUGACCAACUUUAGUAUCAUCAAUUCAGAUGUCAUUCCUAGUGGUUUAAAACUCAUGAGAAAAGGCACAACUGGAGACUGGAAGAAUCACCUUACAGUAGCCCAAGCUGAAGCAUUUGAUAAAGCAUUCCAGGAAAAAAUGUCCGGUUUUCCUCCAGGACUUUUCUCAUGGGAAACAUCCUAAGACUUCAUAUAUAGACAGUCAAUUUUAUUUUCCUGUACUUGUCCAUAUGAAUGACAUGUGAAUGUGGUCAUAGAAUAAAUCCUGUUACUGAA